UUGUCCUUUUUAGUUUAUGUUCGGGAGCGUUACUAUCAUGUCACAGUAGAGAAUAAUCCAGACGAGAGCGAUGAUAGUCGAUGGCUAAACAUAUGAAAGAAUCCGUCGCCACUACAGUAGGUUUGCUCUGAAACGGUCCACGGUUUACUUCGUCGUGUAUUGUACAGCCUGACCUUGUGGAGUACUGCCAGUUGUAACUUUGUUGGCUGGACAAUCUGGGGCCUGGGAGAAUCUAUCUGACUGCCACUGGCCGUGAAGAACAGCCUGGGCACAGUGCAGUGUAUACCGGGAAUGGAUGACGGAGGUGAUGGUGACGACACCGGGCAGCAGCUGCUGGAAGGUGUUGGCAACGAGGUCCUGUUUUCCGUCACUGCACUCGCUGCCAGCGUCAUUUACCUGCUAGUGCAGCUCUACUGGCGUACGCAGGGCACCGCCGCUGUCGCGAACACCGCCGCUGUCGCGAACACCGCCGCCCAUGUGGGAGGCAGCACUGGAGAGACUGUGCACACCGGGCAUAACCAGGAGGAAUCUAGUGCUCAAGCUAGUAGUACUAGUAGUACUGCUAGGGGUGAUGUUAGGAAUCGCUCCCAGCCUCAUGAGUCUGCCGCCGAAGCUAGAUCCCGGGAAAGCGAAGCUGCUGCUGCUGCGGCUGGCAGUGCUGGUGAUGACGCCGCCGGCAACGCGGAUGGAUGGGAGCAAAGUACGAACAGUGCCAACCAGCCAGAUAGGGACGUGACUGGUCCAACCCUGAUUGAUGUGACGUUGAAAACAAUGUACUCGGACAGCGAUCGUGAGGUAGUGAUGAAACGACGUGUACCGGAGACCACUGCUAUCCGUGAACUAAAAAGCCUGUUGUUCGGUGAGGAGCAGGAGGAGAUGCGGCGUAUCAGGUUUGUCUUGCAAGGCCGUGAGCUGUCGGACAGCGCAACCUUGGCAACGUGCGACUACCAGCGUGGCACGGUGCUCAACGUCGUAAUUGGUGUACCUAACACGGAGCAGAGAGACCAGCACGCCAGGUCUCAGGCAGGUAGGCCUGGCGGCGGUGAGACUCAAGAGUUCGAUAUCGCUGUACUCUUCCCUUACAUCCUGACGGCCGUCUGCAGUGCGGGCUGGCUGUUGGUGUUUCUGCAGCCUAGCAUGGCCUUGACGCCGAUGUUUGCAGGUGGACUUGCACUACUUACAGCCGUGGCAGGGUUUGCCUGGAGAUAGCAGCAGCCGCAGUUAAAAGCUGCUUCUGAAGCAACACUGAUUUGACAGUAGUCACAGUACAGUAUUAUUGUACUGUGCAUACGCCCAUGUCACUGAAGUCAUGCAGCUUGGUGCAACAUGUAAAUGCUGCCGACCUGGAAAUAAGACUAUUGAGUACAGUGAAGUCACUGAACACUGAUGAACGAGAACAAGAAAGCCGUGAGUAUUUUUUUCAAGGCAAGAAUGAAUAGUACUGUGUUGGUGACGUUCCAUUGGAACUCCUUGAUAAAUUCAUCUCGAUCACAGAUUCUUUGAAGUAUCGGACUACCGUUAAUAGUGUCAAACUAUUGUCGUCUACAAGAAAAGUGCUCUCUCACAGGGGACAGCCUAAUGUAAGAAAUCCUCUGUAAACAACAGGAAGCUUGAGUGACAAGCUUCCCGUCGUUUACACCCAUCUA